AAACUUCCGUUUUCUGAGUCGUCCAAUCAGCUCCGCCCAAAUCCUCUCGCGGCUCCCGUUCAAAACACAAAACAGUUGACUCUCCUUUCGGCCGUUUCCACAAGACUUCGUGGAGUUAAAUUCCGGGAAAGGGACAAAAAUAAGAUUAUAGAGUGUGUCUGCUCCACAAUGGCAGAAGGAGGGGAUGCAGACUGGGAGCUUAGCAAAGAAAACAUCCAGCCACUGAGACGGGGCAGAGCCAUAUCUGCUCUAAACCAGGCACUCAGUCAACAACAGGACGGACCCAGCUCUGCCAUCAACCAGCAGAAACAGUCCUUUGAGUCUGAACUGCGAAUUUAUGAAGGUGAUGACCCACUUGAUGUUUGGGAUCGGUAUAUAAAGUGGACUGAGCAAACCUUCCCUCAGGGAGGAAAGGAGAGCAAUCUUGCCAUGCUGUUGGAGCGAGCUGUCACCAGAUUCACAGAAGAACAAAAGUAUCACAAUGACCCUCGCUAUGUCGACCUCUGGAUCAAAUUUGCGGAGAACUGCCCAGAGCCCUUGGACACUUACAGGUACAUGCAGGCCAAAGCAAUAGGAGUGACACAAACUUCCUUUUACAUCGCUUGGUCUGAGGAAUACGAGAAACAGGGGAACUUCCGCCAAGCAGACAUGAUCUACCAGGAAGGCUUAAAGAACUGCGCCGAACCACAAGACAAACUCUUGCAUUUUCACAAGGCUCUGCAGGCGCGUGUGUCCCGGCAGGUCAUGACGAGUAUGGUGAUGGAUGACAGUGAUGACGAGGCCAAACACGCUGAGAGAGUUUCUCUGGCUGACCUCAAACAUCGGGGGAAGAAAAAGGCCAUUGCACCUGUCAAUAGAGUCGGAGCUGCAGUCAAAAGUAAUUCACAGGGCCUGCAGUCACAGGGGGCCCUUGCCUCCAACAAUGCUGCAAACAGUCGCUUUGUGGUAUUUGAUGAAAACAAGAUUCACAGCGAUGAACCUGCAGAGCCUAAAGUGGAGUCUUGGAUGGCCCCUCCUCCUGCAAGGGCGAAGGAGAAUGAGCAGAAGCCUGAGAAAUGGUGUGAUGUUAAGAUGCCCCAGAGGUCCAGAUUUGGUCAUACUCUUACUUCUCUGCCCCCUUCCAAACCCACCUUCCAGCCAUUUGUAGAGGAGUCAGACCAGCCUCCAACAAUGACUCCAUGCAAGAUCAAUCCAGCAGUGAACACAGUUUUAUCAGCACGUAAGCCCUGCAAAGAGGAGACCCCUCUGAAGAGACUGCAGGAGCAUCAUCAGCAGGCAGAAGCAGGCAAAGUACAGGAGCAGAGUAUGUACUGCAAGGAGCUGCUGCUCAGUGGCGCCACUGAGUUCUGCUUUGAGGAGCUGCGAGCUGAGCGCUACCGCCAAAAGAUAGCCCAGGACUCAGGCACCAGAGGUCAAAUGGACCAAGCUAGCGCUGGAACUGCAAACUGAUGCAGUUCAACCAAGACUCACUAUUUUAUCAACUCAUUUUAUGGAUUUUUAUGUUUUUUUUUUUGUUGCUGUUUAUAUUUUGUCUGUCAAGUUGCAGCUAUGCAUGAAUGUUAAAAAAGAGGAAAAGGUUACUUAAAAACAAUUUGAUGUGAAGGCAUUUGUGCUUCAGUGAAUUUAUUUCACGUUUGUUGACACAGAGCAGUUAUCAAGUGUAUUGUAAAGUAAUUGUUGACCAUUGCUAGGGCUGUGACAAUCAGGUGAUGCUUCCUGCGGGACUGAGCUCCACUUUCAUCACUGCAAUUUUUUGCUGGUGAAAGUUAUAGGAGCGCUUAUGCUGUGUGAUAUGAAACAUAAACACAAUCAGCGUUUGGUUAUCAUCUCCCACUCUAUGUUCAAGGGCAUCUGGAGAAACAACGUUUCAGUUGUUCGGGACUGUCGGGGGAUGUUUGGGGGAUAGAAUAAGGGACCAACAUCUGCCUGGGGAACCCCAGGCAGACCUUGGUAACCUCGUGACCUACCACCACCUUGGGCGUUGGUAGUAAACCUCCAAGCUGCAGUGAUAUGUUGUUUUUUCACCGCAGUAAGAAAAAAUCUGUACCGUCACAGCCCUAAUCAUUGCUCAAAAAUCUGCUGCAGAAACACUGCUUCCAUUUAUCACUUACUUCCUUUUCUGUCCUUUCAAUCUGUCUGUUUGUUCAUUGCAUAGUCCUUAAACACAGUGCUGUUAAUGUCUGCUAUUCAUGUCUGCUUCCUUUUUAAGUAGAUUUAUUUUAAGUAACUAUAUUUUUUCACUAAAUCCAGUGUUGCUGCAGAACGUCAAUAGAGGAGACAGAAUGUGUCAGUAACAUGAUUGGACUGGGAUUAUUGGUAGUAUUGGUAAAGUGUCCCCUCCAGGCCAUGUGGCACUGAUGUUCAAUAAACUUGUUAAAGUGUC